CAGAGGAUAAGUCAGCGUUUCUGACCAAAUGGUUCUUUCCUCAAAGUGUUAAUCUAAAAACAAAGCAGGACACCAAAAAACAAUGGAGCCACAGGUGAAGCGCUGGAAAGGGUCGUUGUGUGACACUGACUCCUGGGUCGCCUAUCCUGUACUGUCAGACGAGCAGUCGCAAGACAUCGACUUGAUAGAGGCGUUCGCUGCACCAAUAGUCAACAAGAAAGAGACAUCUCGACUUAUCAGGGAGCUCAACAGCCUCUACCCACUGAACAGCCUUCAGCACGUCAAGAGGGUGCGGGCGUGCAAGGCGCAGGGCAGCCCUCACCCUCUGGAAGUCCUCGUGUGCCUGGUCAGCGAUGUGCCAAAAACAAAGGUAGUCAGCAUCGACUCCCUGCUGUCCUCAGAUGGCGUAAAACAUGAUGGAUUAGGUGAGCCUUUUAUUGUGAAGGUCCCUUCUCGUCCCCCCUUGACCCGACCUCAGUUUGAGUUGGUGAACAAACACUGGCCCACCUCCUUUCACGAAGACAAACAGGUGACUGUCGCUCUGAGAGGAGAGCUCUUCAGUCCAUCUCAGAAAGCCAACAUGCACAAGUACAUGAUGUCUGCGCUCACUGCUGCCAAAGCUGGAAAGGAGAUGGGGAUGGAGGCAGUUGGGGCCGUCGUCGUCAACCCGGCAACGCAGGGGGUCAUCGCAGUGGGUCACGACUGCCGAGGCGACCACCCCCUUCAACACGCGGUCAUGGUCUGCAUUGACCUUGUGGCUCACAGUCAAGGUGCCGGCUGUUAUUCAUUUGACAAAUACCCUGCUUGUCGAUUUACUCCACCAGACUUUGAUACACAUGAAAAUGCACCGGAUGCAGAGGCGAGUUCUCAGCCGUACAUAUGCACUGGUUAUGACCUUUAUGUGACACGAGAACCUUGCGUUAUGUGUGCCAUGGCACUGGUCCACUCCCGGAUUGGCCGUGUGUUCUAUGGGACCGCCUCUACCGAUGGGGCAUUAGGGACCAAGUUCAAAAUUCACUCCCUGAAAGAUUUGAACCAUCACUUUGAGGUCUACAAAGGAGUCUUGAGCACACAGUGCGAGGAUCUCAACAGACUGGACGACCACAAACAACAGCAAAGUGGAGAGUUACAUAAAUCCAGUCAGUGAGUCUGGAGCUGGAAGAUUCUGAGUUGUAGUUACUAACAGUAACAUACCAAUGUGCAUAUGUUUUUACAAAAGCAGUUAUUUUAAAUUUUUCAUAAUUUCUGUUGAAAACCAGAAACAAGGUUUCUGCCACGAUUGGUCAGUCGCAAAUUUCUUACUGAAAAGCCUAAACUGGAGACAAUAGAGAGAGAAUAUCAGUGAAACUAGAGCCUGGUUGGGCAUACAACAUGUUCACAGCAAUUUUUUUUUAUUUUUAAGAGCUGCUGCAAGAGACAGAAGGCAGAGCUGCUCUCCGUACAAGUGUCCAGAUGAAGGAAGUUUGGUUUUACGGUUUAAUAAAUUAUCUUUUAACUCAUGGUAAGUGGAUUGAAAUCUGAACAGAAACACAGAAAAUACAGUCCUUUAGUAAAUGUUGAGAUUUUGGGAUCAGAACAGCCAUUUUUUAACAUCUUUAAAAAUGUACACCAUGACUUUUCUUGUACAACUGAAACUGUUGUAUAAAAUACAUUUUUAGAUGAAUGAAACUGUUAGCCCUUCUGAUUUGUUACAAUAUUCAUUCACACAAACAGUGGUAUCCAGUUAACAUAGGUUUUAUCACAAUAAACCACAGACUUCCCUUACUUAAUACUUGA